AUGUCAGACCAAUCCGGCCGAAACAGUGGAGGCGAUCUCUUUGAUCUCGCAAAGGACGGCACAACAGUACCAGACGAUGCAGCACGACCGAGACAUAUUCCUUCCGUUCCUCGUCCGGAUCAGACCACGAGUGAACGUGACCCGAACGACCUAGGCAGUUCGACGCUUGCAGGAGCAGCAACCAAUGCGGGAGAUAUCCCCCGAACCACCCGAGACACAGCGGGCGACGAAGUCAUCACGGGCACGGGCGAUUCUCUCCCGGCCCAGAUCGACUCCAAGAGAUUGCAUAAUGUACCUGGAGGUGUCACACAUGAUCCCUUUGCAAAAGGCUCGACCAGGAUGACCGCACACAAGACGACAGACUCAGACAUUGUCGCGGGAGCUUCGGACGGUCCAUUGGCAGACCGAGCUCCAGGGCAAGAGCAGUUGAGUGACGAGCAAGUAAUGGACAACGUUGAACGCAAGUCAUAG